CAGAAGAAUAAAUUGAAAAUUAAGGAUGGCUCGUACAAAACAAACUGCUAGAAAAUCAACUGGAGGUAAAGCUCCUCGUAAGCAACUUGCUACUAAAGCUGCACGUAAAAGUGCUCCAUCUACUGGUGGUGUCAAAAAACCACACAGGUACAGACCAGGUACUGUAGCUUUGAGAGAAAUUAGAAGAUACCAGAAAUCUACUGAGUUGCUUAUUAGAAAAUUACCUUUCCAACGAUUAGUAAGAGAAAUUGCCCAGGAUUUCAAGACAGAUUUGAGAUUCCAGAGUGCAGCUAUUGGUGCUUUACAGGAAGCCAGUGAAGCUUAUCUUGUUGGAUUAUUUGAAGAUACCAAUUUAUGUGCUAUCCAUGCUAAAAGAGUUACUAUUAUGCCUAAAGACAUUCAGUUAGCCAGACGUAUUCGUGGUGAACGUGCAUAAAAAUUUCCUCUUCAUCAGACAUCAAAGACAUCAUUGUUUUUCAAUGUGAUUUUACAAUUUCAUAAUAGAUGGUGUGAACAUUUUAUAAUUAUUUCAUCAGACAUUAUUUUCUAAGUUUACAGUGAUGUUUUGUCAUCUAUUUAUUUUCUUGUCAACUUCUCUUGUGACCAAGACUGAUCUUUACCUUUCUUAAGUUUUAACCAUAAUCUGUGUUUUUAAUGUAGCAUCAUCUAUCGUUAAAUAAAUAUCUGUAGGUUCAUGUUUGUCCCUCA